GCUAUAUUUCCCAUCGCUGGUUGUGAAGUGGCUUGGCCGAAUCUGUGUUUUGUUGUUGUGAGUUGUAUGAUUAGUGACAGUCACUGGGUGCGACUGAUAGAAGAACGAACGGACUUUACUCCAUCUUAAAAUGUUGUCAGCUAAACCGGGUUCGUACGACCCAACGAGUUCAGGUGGUUAUUCCAUGGCUUCCAUGACCAGUAUCAACACCAUGGGAGGUGUAGGACCCAUGAGCAACAUGAAUUACCCCUCGCAGGGUAUGGGAGGAAUGCACGGUGCUAUGAGUUCGAUGAACACCAUGCCCCCGUCAAUGGGCAGCAUGGGGAUGGGUGGAAUGGCGGCCAUGCACGGAUCUAGCAUGCACGGAUCUAUGACAGCGAUGAAUCCUAUGAACACUAUGGGUUCUAUGAACAGCAUGGGAGCCAUGGGCUCAAUGAACGGGAUGUCCAGUAUAGGAAGUAUGUCAUCGAUGAAUGGAAUGAAUCGUCAAAUGGACCCAAACAUGAUGUCGAUGGAUCGAGCCCAGGCCCUCAACAGAGCAAGGGACAAAAAUUAUCGCCGAAGUUAUACGCACGCUAAGCCGCCCUAUUCUUAUAUCUCGCUUAUCACAAUGGCUAUUCAACAAUCUCCUAACAAAAUGUGUACUUUAAGUGAAAUAUAUCAGUUUAUCAUGGACCUAUUUCCUUUUUAUCGUCAAAAUCAACAGAGAUGGCAGAACUCUAUUCGUCAUAGUUUGUCUUUUAAUGACUGCUUUGUGAAAGUACCGCGGACUCCCGACCGUCCGGGGAAAGGUAGUUAUUGGGCGCUACACCCAGAUUCGGGGAAUAUGUUCGAAAAUGGAUGUUACCUCCGUCGACAGAAACGAUUCAAGUGUUUGAAGAAGGAAUCCAUGCGGUCAUCACACGACGACGAUCCAAGUUGUGGCAUGUCGAACGGACAAAACAGCGCCGAUUCAACGCCUACCUCAACUGGGGACGGAACCCCUCUUUCGGCUCCCAACACCCCUCCUCAUCCCGUCGAACAGUCACAAAUGGCGCAACCAAAAACUGAACAGCCGACACACCAGAAUCAUUCUCAGGCACACGUUCAGCAACAAGAUAUGUCCCAUCUUACACAUUCUAGUCAAAAUCAGAUGGGAAAUUGUGGCACGGAACUGACAAGCAUGCGGCAACUACAUCAUGAUAUGUCCAUGAAUCACGGUUUAAAUUUGGCACCAGGACAGUUAAAUCAUCCACAUUCAUUUAAUCAUCCAUUCUCAAUUACCAAUCUCAUGUCAGAAAAUAAAAUGGACUUAAAAAUGUACGAAGCUAUCAGUGGGUACGGGGCUUAUACUCAAAUGUCCCCUAUGAGCAUGCCGAAAGAAGCCUCGCCCCCAAUGAACGCUCAGGACGGGAGUUACUAUAAGACAUAUGCGCCCCAUUCUACGGCAAGUUUGUGAAACGAGUGAAAAUACAUUUAUUAUAUAAACCUAUUAUAUAUUUACUGUUCAAAAUAAAUCUGAUUCAGUUCAACUCUUCGUUACCAAAAAGAUAAAAAAAAGGGACAAAAACAGCGAUUUACCAAAGAUGUGUUGACUUAAUUAUAUUAAAAAUUUAUAUAUUAUAUACUUAUAUAAGACACGACUGUCUCGACGCAGAUGUGAAAAUACUGCCAAAGAUUUUUGUGUUUUCUUGAAAAACAAUUUUUGUACUUUAAGAUACAAAGACGAAGCGAAGAUAUAGUAUCCUUAUUUGUUGUGAAUAUUAUUUAGAUUUCAAUAUAAACUGAGAAAAAUUAAUUGUAUAUUUUGUGCGUGAUUUCACGCGAAUUAUUAGUGAAAUUGGCGACAAAUUGAACGGGUCGAAUUUGUAUAUUUCGUGUGUACAUUUUUUUUUAUCGAACCUUUUGUUGUGAGAUAAUAAUUGGAGUAUGAGGUUUUUAACUAUUGUAGCCGUUAAAUUCAGGUACGAUACUGCGUAAGUGAUCACUUGGAUGUCCAGUUAAUACUGUUGAGAUGUGCAGAAGGUCCCCAUUUGACGCAAGCAAUUAAUCACAUGCUUAUGUGGGAAGAUAAAUGAACCCUCUCCUUAAUACACCUGGACUCGCCUAGAUUCUUACCAAAAACGGAGAAAAAUCUUUGAUGUUUACCGCCUCAUAUAACCGCCCAAAUGCGUUUACCCUUAGUAAAUAUUAUGACGGUACAGUUUUUUAUUAUAUAAUUUCCUUAGUUUAUUUACAAAAUCAUGUGUAUGUUAUGAAUUUUCCUCCUUUUUUCACAUAAAAGAUAAUCACGAUGUUCGUUUAAAACAAAUUUUAUGAUCUCUGAUUAUAUUUUUUAAUAUUUUGAUUUAAUAACGGAAUUUAACAUUAUUAGUAUAUAUCUUUUAGUAAAUAUUUAAUCAUAUUUUAAAAUACAAUUUUUUAAACACAUGAAUUUCCACUCG